AUGGCAGACCAACAUUGCACAGAAAACGAACUUGCACCUGCGGUUAACCAUCUUCUACAACACAUCGAAAAAGAUGCCGAGCUGCUUCAUCUGUUUGAAAAGGCCUUUCGGGAAAUCCCUGUGCAGUUCCAGGAGACCCCAGACGGGUUCGGCCACGAGCGGAUUCGCGAUUAUCGCCAACUGAUCCAGGCAAUUGACCGGGCGUCCAAGACGGCACCAGUAUGGAUGUCCAUGUUGCAGUCGGACUGCGUCAUUGGCUGUCCGAUGAAUGAAGCAUUGAUCUGGUUCAUGAAUACCCGAACAGGAUCCCAAAUCCUUGCUCGCGACGACAUCAACUCCUAUCUCGAAACGAUUCUGAAGGAAUGGGGUCAUUUUUUAUCCUCACGAGCAUCCGCCUCUGUCGUUCAUACUCGGGAGGGUGGCUGGGUGUCCCAGCAGGCCCGCGACGAGCUUCUGCUCGCCGUCAACGUCGCCCAUAACUCAGCGUUCCAGGCGGAAUCUUUUGAAGACGCAUUCAUCUGCGACCCGACCCACCCAUCAUACGGCUUCCAAUCCUGGAAUGAUUUCUUUACUCGUCAACUUCGGCCGCACAUCAGACCAGUGGCAUGCCCGGAAGAUGAUGGUGUCAUCGUCAACCCCUGCGAGUCGCAGCCGUUUGCUCUCGUGACAGACGUGCCGGAGCAGCAGCAGUAUUCGUUGAAAGGGACCAUGUAUUCAUUCCGAGACAUGCUUGACAAUGAUCCCAUAGCAUCAGGAUUUGCGGGCGGUACCGUCUUUCAGGGAUGGCUGUCUCUUUUCAAUUAUCAUCGAUGGCAUGCACCUGUUGCCGGCACAGUCACCAAAGUCCUACAAAUCCCGGGAACUUACUUCGUUGCUGAUCCCGCAAAUGGGUUCGAAAAGCUUGACUCUACGAAUCAACCAUGUCCGGAUCGACAAGCUCCCGAUGCAUCCCAAAGGUUGAUAACCUCCAUUGCCACGCGCACAGUAAUUGUGCUCAGCGCCGAGGAUGCCAGGUUAGGCCUCGUAGGAUUCGUAGCCAUUGGUAUGUCGGACGUGUCGAGCUGCGUGGCUACGGUCAAGGUAGGAGACCGUGUAUCAAAGGGCCAGGAAAUAGGCAGCUUUCACUACGGCGGCAGUUCCUACUGUCUACUGUUUCAGUCGGGUAUAUCGCUGUGCUUUUCCCCACUGGUCGAUGCUUCUCUAAAUAGUCAGUCGAUCAUUACUGGACGCUGCAUUGCCAUUAAUAGCGAGCUGGCAAGGGUUAGUUGA